AUGACUCACACUGGAGAGAAGCCAUUUAAAUGCUCAGAAUGUGGCAAAAGCUUUGCAAGAAAAACAGAUCUUAACAAACACCAGAGUAUUCACACUGGAGAGAAGCCAUAUAGAUGUCGAGAAUGUGGAAUGUGCUUCACACGAAAGGAAAGUCUUACUAUUCAUCAGAUGACUCACACUGGAGAGAAGCCAUAUAGAUGUCGAGAAUGUGGAAUGUGCUUCACACGAAAGGAAAGUCUUACUAAUCACCAGAGGACUCACACUGGAGAGAACCGAUUCAGAUGUUCAGAAUGUGACAAGUGCUUCACAACUAGGGGAAAUCUUACUCAACACCAGAGGGUCCACACAGGAGAGAAACCAUACAGAUGCUCAGAAUGUAACAAAUGUUUCACCACCAAACCUCAGCUUAGUACUCACCUGAGGACUCACACAGGAGAGAAACCAUUUGAAUGCUCUGAAUGUGGAAUUUGUUUCACACAAAAGGAUGGUCUUACUAUUCAUCAGAUGACUCACACUGGACAGAAGCCAUAUAGAUGUCCAGAAUGUGGAAUGUGCUUCACAGGAAAGGAAAGUCUUACUAUUCACCAGAGGACUCACACCGGAGAGAAGCCAUAUAGAUGUCCAGAAUGUGGAAUGUGCUUCACACGAAAGCAAAGUCUUACUAUUCACCAGAGGACUCACACUGGAGAGAAUGGAGAGAAGCGAUUCAGAUGUUCAGAAUUAAACAGCCAACAACUUCAAUCCCAGCUGGCAUUGACAUCCAGGGUCCACAUUGACAAUAAGGAACCAGUCAGAGUGGUUCCCAGACAUGUGACCACAAUGCCAGCUCUGACAGGGAUCACGGACAUGCUGGAAGCUUUUUAUAGCAAUCAAACUAAGACUUUGCUCACCUUCGAUUUUGAUGAACCUGGAAU